GCUCUUGCGGACCACCGCCUCUCCUUCCUGCUCUGUGCCGGCUAGUACUUUCGGGGCAAACUGGGAUCCUUCCCAGCCCGCGUCUCCUCCGAUGGAGAACUUCCAGAAAGUGGAGAAGAUCGGGGAAGGCACCUACGGCGUGGUCUACAAAGCAAAGAACAAAAUCACCGGCGAGGUGGUCGCGCUUAAAAAAAUCCGCUUGGACACGGAGACAGAAGGAGUUCCCAGUACUGCCAUCCGAGAGAUUUCUCUCUUAAAGGAAUUGAACCAUCCCAACAUAGUCAAAUUGUUGGAUGUAAUCCAUACUGAGAACAAACUCUAUUUGGUCUUUGAGUUCUUACAUCAAGAUCUAAAGAAAUUCAUGGAUUCUUCUACUUCCAUUAGUGGUGUAGAGUUACCUCUUAUCAAGAGCUAUCUGUUCCAGCUGCUGCAGGGUCUUGCCUUUUGCCAUUCCCAUCGUGUCCUCCACCGAGAUCUUAAACCGCAGAACCUCCUCAUCAAUGCAGAGGGAGCAAUAAAACUUGCUGACUUUGGGCUAGCGCGUGCAUUUGGCGUGCCCGUGAGAACCUACACGCAUGAGGUGGUGACUCUUUGGUAUCGAGCUCCAGAAAUUCUCCUUGGCUGCAAAUACUACUCAACAGCAGUGGACAUAUGGAGCCUUGGAUGCAUCUUUGCAGAGAUGUUAACCCGUAGAGCUCUCUUCCCUGGGGACUCAGAAAUUGACCAGCUAUUUCGCAUCUUCCGCACACUGGGCACUCCGGAUGAGACCGUGUGGCCAGGAGUCACCUCUAUGCCUGACUAUAAGUCCAGUUUCCCCAAGUGGGCCCGGCAGGACUUCAGCAAAGUAGUACCGCCGCUGGAUGAAGAAGGCAGAAAACUUCUAGCACUAAUGCUGCAUUAUGAUCCCAACAAGAGAAUCUCGGCCAAGACUGCUCUCAAUCACCCCUUCUUUCGAGAUGUCACAAAGGCUUUGCCACACCUCCGCUUGUGAAAUGGAACUGGAGCCAACGGAGUUGCUGCAGUGCAGGCUCUGCAACAUGCCUUUUCCUUGGGCAGCCCUAGUUGCUUGCACUUAACUUUUCAACUUAACCCUGGAGAGAACACCGGAGGUCCAGUUGGAGCGCAGCCUACACCUUUAGGAUUUUAUUAAAGCACUAAACUGAGUUUGAGGAUUCACUGGUUCCAAACUGCCUUGUGAAGAGAGAAGGGUCUCCAAAGCUACCAGCCCCAAGGAUUCAACUUGCUUGAGAAGCACCCCUUUCAUUCUUCGCAUGUUUUAUCCACCCAUGAGUUCCAUGCCUUCCUUCUUGGUGACUUCUUCAAAAUAAUGCAUUCUGUAUUUGCUUACUCUCCAGCUGUUGACAUCUCGGCACAAGUACAGUGUAGAUGCUUCUCUUCCCUUCAAGUGUAGAAGGGACUUUUAUUAGAAGGGCUAAGGGACUUUGGCAACAUCUGUCAUGGUGUUUUCAUCUGCGAUGUUGGUCAGUUUAACCCACUGAUUACUAAUCCUGAAGAGAUGGGAUUGCUGAAGCUGGUGGUACAGUACGCCUUGCUAACUAUUCGCUAAGC